UACCAGGUCACUCUAUUUUCCAGUUCAACGUACUCUUCGCCAUUGUCUGGACAUGCCCUCAGUCACCGACCAGACCGGUCUUUCUGGUCUUGAUUUUGAUGGUAGGUUCCUUUCUUGGUUAACUUCCCGUCAACCCAUUCCCCCUUUCCUUGGGCUCCCACAACCCCGUAGUCGUAGGUUCUCCGAGGCUCUGCUUCCGGGCCAAAUGAUCUCAUAGCCCACUGCGACUGCUGGUAUUCAAUCAACCGUCCUAAACCCCUCCCUUUUUCGGUCUUUUAACCUUCCCUGUCUGGACUACCCCCCUAAGUGUUGAUGGAUUCUGACCUGUCAUCUAAAGGACCACAACCUAUUCUGGGGACUGGUUUGACCGUCUCCCCCCAGAGACAUCACCACACAAAUGGACACGAACCUUCUGCAAUUGGG